AAAUACACCGUCUGGUCUGUUCUUCAUAAUGGCAGAUGAAGACGAUGAAGAUGUAAUCUUUGAGAACUCCCCUCUAGAAAAGUAUCUAAAGGAAGCAGGCUUUACGGAGAUUGAGUCAGAGAAGGUUGAUAAACCAGAUAAACGAGAUGGUGAAGACAAGAAGAAAGACAUUGUUGAGCAAAGUAAUUCAGGAUUGAAUGAAUGGAUAGUAAGCUUAAACGGAAGACUUUUAGGUUUGGGAACAGAUGAGUUGCUUUUAACGAGAAAGGAAUAUGCUACAGUGGUGAUCAACUCAGGGACUUUGAGUGAAGAUGAUUUCACUUUUCUUCAUCAAUUUGACCCCGCAUUGUUUGACAUUCCUCCAGAAGAGACUGUAAACAACACAGAGAGAGCACAAAUGUUUUUUCUCUCUGAUUGGACACGUGAAGCCAUAUUGAGCAUUUUAUUUUUACUGUUGGCUAUAUUUCUUGCUUCGAGUUAUUGGGAUUAUUUAUUUGAUCACAAAGGAUCAACUAUUGGUGCUUUACUGGUGAUCUCUGUCAUUGGGUACUAUGUGUGGAGCAUACAUAGCCUCAGAGCUUUACAUUGUAGAAAUAUAAAGGUUCUGAAAGAUUAUACAAAUGAAAUUAAAUCAUUUGUAACAGUAUUCAGAAAGUCUGUUAUGCUUAUUCAGGAACUUGAGUUGAUUUCUAAGGGUUAUACAUUAGUUGGGCUGGGCAUGCAAAUUGGUUACGGGCAGGAUGGUGAAGGACAAUGUACUAAAGAUAUAUAUCCAAAGUUACGUCAGAGUUUAUGUGACAAUGGAAUGGAUGUACUCAUGAGAUCUUGUUCAACCAUGGAAAAGAUGUUUGUGGAUUUUCCUUUUGCCACAGAGGUUACUAGUGUUUUCACUUGUAUAUCAUCGAACCCAUUAUCACAGUUUGGUUUAGGAGAGUGUGCUCAAUCAGAAAAACUUUCUCUAAGCUACUUGAAAAUUCUUUUAUCAGCUAUUGCAUCUCAGCAAUCAGAAUUUUUGAGUCGCUUCCUUUUGUCUUUAUCUGAGAAAGCAAGAUCAAGCGAAAUGAUCUUUGAUAGGAAAAGCUUUGAGAGAUUGUUCCUAGGUUUUUAUGAUCAACUGGGAUUAGUAAAGAAAGCACUAAAAUCACUACAGUUAAGUUACCAUCUUCAUAAGAGUGCUUUGACUUUUAAAGGAGAUAAUGAGUUACAUCAUGAUACAACAAAUAACAAGUCCCAAAGCAAGUGGACACAGUACUAUACAUCUAUCCAUAGCCUUGAACUCCACUUGAAAGCUUGUUUAACAAGAAUGCAGUUCAUAAACACUUUCAUAACUUCUGCAACUGAGACUGAAUCCAAAGAACUUACAUCAAAUUCAUCUUCAGAAGAUUUUGAUAAAGACCUGCACAUGAAAGAACUUGAGUCUAACUAUAACCUAUUAAGAAAUGAAUUGGAUAGUGCUAUUUGUUGCUGGGAAGAAGGAUUCCAUAAUCUAAGAAUGAUUUCUGGGAUAGACAAAUCUGAAGUCAUUACUGAGGAAGAUUUUAAUGAAAAAGAAAUAGAUGAAAAUCCCAGUCCUGUGAAUAAGUCAAUGAUGAUGGAACCUGAGGAAGUUAUGGGAGACUGUGUGUUCGAGGGAUAUACUGAUUUUGAUGAUGAUUCUGACUUUGAUCAGAAAAUACUAACCAGGGAGGAGCUAGAGAGGGAAAGCAGAACUCGAGAAGAAAGCCAGCACCUCUUACUAGAACUAAAAAGUGUGCUUUUAACUAAAGCUAAGGACCCACUGAUAACAGAUGCAGGUUUUGUGAAACCAAGCAAGAAACAAAAGAAUAAAGAUGAAAAUGAAAAAGGUCCCUCAAAACCAGAAGAUAUGCAAACUGAAUUUUUAGUUAAUGGUUCUAAACUAAAUGAUAGUUUCAAGGUGGAUGAUGGUUUUAUGAAUGCUGCAAGUGAAGACAAAUAUGGACAUCUGAGUAUUAUGAAAGAAAUCAUAGGAGAAGGCACUAGAGACAGUGGAGAACCAUUAUUAACAAAGAAAAAGCAAGCUUUACCUACAGGACAGUGGUCCAGCAAAGCUUUUUCCAUAGCAAUACAAGAAGCAGCCAUGUCUAGAGGAACUGCUUUUAUGGAGGAAAGCUAUGGAUCUAGUGACUCUGAUUAAUAUAGUUCUUGCAUGGAAAACUUCAAUUAAAAAUAAAGUUCAAGGUGUACAUGAAACAAAGUGUAACAUAAACUUAAGACACUGGAAGAUAUAUCUUCCUGUAGGUAAUCUACAGGAAAGAAGUAAUCAAUGAAUUGAAGGCCUGACACAUUAGGUACAAUAUCGUAAUUGAUUCAGAAAAUAAAGAACUGAAGCAAUUCA